CCUGCCAGUGCCAGCCUCGGGAUUUGCUUCGCUUCCUCCCCUCUCCGGGAUUUGCUUUGCUUUGCUUCCUCCUCUGCUCUCUCGCGCGCGCGGGAUUCCACGAACUCCUCCUCUUCCUCCUCCUCUGCUCCCGCGCCGGGAAAUGCCAAGAACUCCGCCUCCUCCUCGCCCCCUCAUCCUCCUCCGGCUCUACUUAUACCCGCCCUAGGCCGCCGCUGCGCCGGGGCGCAUUCCGUCGAGCACCUGCCCUUCGUCUCCGCGAUGGAGGACCUCCGCGCCAAGAGCAGCAGGGCUCGCUCCGGCGAGACGUCGUCCGCGUCCAGGAUCAUCGCCGCCCAGCGCCAGUGGGCCGCGCGCCGCCGCCAGGCCUGCGAGCUCGACCUCGGCCUCCGCCGCGACCGCGACUCCGAGCUCCUCGCCCUCGCGCGCCUCCACGCCGUCUCCACCAUGCUCGACGCCUCCUCCUUCCUCCGCUCUUCCGCCGAGGACGGAGAUGAUGACGGCGGCCGCGGAGACGGGAGGCGCAGCGCGCGGUCUCCGGAGCGCGCGAGAGUGCGGCGGAUCGCGAGGGAGCUGACGACGGCGGCGGCGGCCCCCUUGACGCAGACGCAGACGCAGAGCUCCCCUCGCGGCGGCGGAGGCGAGGAGUGGCUGGGCGAGACGGAGCGCGCGCGCGUGCGCUCCGUGCGGGAGCGCGUCCGCAUGGCCAGCCUCGGCGUCGGCGACGGCGACCGGCAUCGAGCGCGCGCGGACGACGACGACGACGAUGACGUCGUGAGACGCAUGGCCGUGGAGCGGCAGCACGAGCUCCGGGGCCUCUCCGAUCACCGUGCCGUCUCUGCCUUCGCUCACCGCGGCCGCAUCCAGUCCUUUCUCCGAGGUAGUUUCGUUCGCAGUGAAAGGCAUAUGCACGACGACUGGCCACUUUCGACGGCAACCAGAGAAUUGGGACAGCUUAGACAGAGUCGCCCUGUCGCUAGAUUGAGGGAAGAAGUUCGCUCUAGAACAGAAAAUAUCACCCAUGAUCAAGCCGCUAACCAUUUUGGGCCAAUGGAUGCUCAAAACAGUUAUGCCAAUAGUGAGAAUCAUAAUUUUACUCAUCAGGUCUUCCUUGACAAUAAUCUUCACCUGGAGAAUGCUACUCGCAAUCACGAGAUCCAGACAUUUCAAUCAAGGGAAGAAGCUCAAUCUGUCGACCUCGAGAGCACUGUAUCAAAUAGUAAUGAUGCUUUGCAAGAUGAUUUUGAUCAAGAACACAUGCACGGAUACGAAGAGUACUCAGACUCAGGGUCCUCGGGACAGGGCAGUGAGCAAUCUGGUUCAUCCUCUUCUAACCCGUCUAACAACAGCGUGCGACAAGAUGAUGAAACUUAUGGACAGCCAACUGAUUUACGAUGGUCAAGGGAGAUAUCUGGUAGUGAGGAAGAGGGUUCCUUCCUUCAUGGAGAUGAGGAAUGGCAUGUUAUUGAUUCUCAAGAAGGUGAACCACAAUGGCAAUCAGAUCCAAGUGUCUCUCCUAGCCCACACAUUAAUAGGUUCAGUCCUCCGGACGGCGAUGUCUAUGGAGUAGAGCUCAGAGAACUCUUAAGCAGGCGUAGCGUCUCUAAUCUUCUUAGUAGCGGCUUCCGUGAAAGCCUGGACCAGCUGAUACAAUCAUAUGCUCGAAGACAAGAGCUUGAUCCUCCUGACUGGGAAUAUGGAAUUCAGAUACCAACCAUCGGUUUACUGAACGAAGAUCAUGCUGAGCAUGGGACAAGUGAACCGAAUCAGGCCGAGCAUGACACCGCUCCCCAUCCUCCGAUUACAUCGUCAGGCCAAACACUUCUCCCACAGCAGCGGCAUUGGCAACUCCAGCUGCCUCAUCAUAACUGGAGCCAACAGAACAUGCAUCAGCCUGAAUUUGAGUGGGAUGCCAUCCAUGUCCUGCGAGACGACCUGACAGGGCUCCAGCGAGGGAUGGUCGGCAUGCAGCAGAUGCUGGAAGCGUGCAUGGAGAUGCAGGUAGAGCUGCAGAGGUCCAUCAAGCAAGAGGUCUCUGCUGCUCUGAACCGCUCUGUAUCCAGUCAAGCCGAAGAUGAGGAUGGAUCGCAAUGGAAGCUAGCAAGGAAAGGAACCUGCUGCGUGUGCUGCGACAAACAAAUCGACUCGCUUCUUUACAGGUGUGGGCACAUGUGCACCUGCUCAAAGUGCGCGAGGGAGCUUCUCCACGGCGUGGGCAGAUGCCCGCUGUGCCGCGCGCCCAUCGUCGAGGUAGUCCGAGCUUACUGCAUAAUGUAACAACAGGGCCCUAAAACCAAGCAGGGGGAGCUGUCUGCUGCCGCUAGAAGAGUCAGGGCAGGUGACACUGGUUAGUUUGACUGGAGGAUUUCAGUUCCGAGAGCAGAAGUUUCAUUUGCAUACUAGGGAUAGUAGGUUGGUUCAUGAAACCCACUGUUAGUUCUCCAAUUGUAUCUGUCUCUACGGUAAUAGCCUCCUCCUCCACCAACAACAACACCAUGCUAAUGUGUGUCAGCUUAAUCCAGUAGUAGCCGUGUAGGAGUAAUUUGCAAUAAGAUGACUCACAGGCAGUAUUAGUUCUGCAUUUUCCUUUUAUUCUGUAUCUCUGAAUGUUCGUCCGACUGUCACUGAAGAAAAUAACAGAAAUAUAUUUUCAAGCAA